AUGGCAGACUUCAUGUCAGCGAUACCUCAGCAUCACGAGGAUGAAGGAGACGUGUGUCGAGUAUGUCGUGUGGAAGGGGACGAGGCGGAUCCAUUGAUCUACCCAUGUAAAUGUUCGGGAAGUGUCAGAUUUGUACAUCCAGAUUGUUUGAAGCAAUGGUUAGCUCAGACGGGGAAGAAACAUUGUGAGAUUUGUGGACAUAAAUAUACGUUCACGAAGAUAUACCCCGAUCAGCUACCCGAACGGAUACCACCCACUGUAUAUAUUCGACAAACACUCUUAUGGCUAUAUCGUCAACAACUAUGGGUAGCAAGGUGUAUACUAGUGGUAGUCACAUGGCUAAUCGUAUUGCCUAGUCUGAAUAUGUUCAGUCUCAGGUCAUUAUUGUGGAUCGCAGAUCAUAUAGGAUAUACUGGACCUGACACUAGCGAAGAUGCAGAGUCGUCCGGAUUAAUACAGAAUGUGACUGAUUUCGUCACCUCGAACACUACAGAACAUCGCACGAUGCAUAUCACAAUAGACAAUAACACCUCUCUCGCCAAUAGUACGAGCAAUAGCACUUCAGGGGGACCAGUAGAUACCUUAUUUGGUAUGCUGAGAACAGCGGUAGAAAGGUGGAUGAAAGGAGAUGAGAGCAGUGCUAUAAGCUUUGUGCUUCGUGGUCAGAUCCUUUCAAUAUCCCUCGCAGCGGUGCUCAUCGGCUUGAUCCUUCUAAGAGAAUGGAUAACCCAGCAUAACUGGCAAGAAGGUGCCAGACCUCAGAUCGUAGAAGAAGGAGAGAUCAACCCAGAUGAAUGGAUGAUAUUCAAUGGGAUGGCCAGGAGAACUACGGAUGUCAUGGCCGCUAUACUCGGGAAGGCCAGGGAGGACAGAGAAAGACGAUUACACAGACUCGAUCGGGAGCAGGAAGAAAGGGAGGAGAGGGAACAGAGGGAAGAAGCGGGUAUGAGAUUGGCUCAAAGAGUCUUAGAAGCUGCCGGUAGAGAACAGCAGGAUGAAGACAACUUAGGCGAAGAUAAUAGCAUAUUGAUGGAUUUACGUAGGGAAGCUGAGAAAGUGCGAAAUGAAAGAUCGGAACAUGGUCAGGAUGAAGAACCUCCUUACGGAUAUAGACCUAUACCCACUCAACCGGAUGCUAUAGCAUCUGCAUUAGAAGAGUAUAGAAAGAAUCAUAGAGGAAGGGAAGAAUUGCAAAGACUGGAGGAGAUUUCUGGAUUGCAAGAUGAAUUACUAGGUAUCGCCGGAGAAACCAGCCAACAAGCUGCAAUCGAUAUUCAAAACUCGCCAACAUGGUCAACAUCCUCGGAAAUGUUUGAGGGUGAAGGCGAUGCUGGACCCAGUAGACCAAGAUUAGACAGGAUCGGUACAGGCGUUGAAGUGGCAAGCGUGCCGAUGGAAGAUAGGAACGACUCGUUGAAGAAAUCGAAGGAAAGAGAAGAAGUCAGGUAUAGAGCGCCAGAGAUGCUGAAGAAGGAGGAUGCUGGGGAAGAGAAUGUAGCUGGACCAAGUGGAAGUGGGAAAGUGGAGGAAGGUAACAUAUCCCUUUUCUUACCGCCUUCACCUACACGUUCGGCCUCAUCAUCAGGCUCGAAUAACGUUUUCAGAGCAGGAGAUACGAUACGAUUUGACCAAGAUGGGAAUCUCGUUCAUGAUUUACCUCGACCUACUAGUCCUGCUAGGGAUAUUCCUAUCAUACAGCCUCCUCCUGAAAUCGCUCAACCACCCGAUGGGGACGAAGAGGGAGACUGGGAGGAUGAACCUGAUGGAGAGGCCGAAAUUAGAGAAAUAGAAGAUAAUGAAGAAGAAGCUGCCGAUGGCGACGGAGGUGUACCGCCAUUAGAAAUCAGACCUGUACAAGUUGAGUUCAUGGAUGAGAUGGAAGAAGAGCCGUGGGAUGGAGAUGAUUGGAAUGGUAUUCUGGAAGUGGUGGGAUUGAUUGGACCUCUACAUGGUUUAUUCCAGAAUGUUCUGUUCGGUGUCAUUAUCAUGUCCGCCGCCAUAUCAAUAUUUAUCGGUCUACCUCUUCUCAUCGGAAAAAUGUUCAUGUCCACUGAUAUUAUCCGCACUGUACUAUCCACCGCUGGCCGAACCUUAUAUCUCAUUCGGAAAGUUACCGAUCCAAUUGUUGAUAUUAUUUUCGAGAUAGUGAAAGAGGUAGUUGCCUUGCCGAUGAUCACUUCCAUCAGGGCGGCUGAAACUAUUCUAGCGCGAAAACUAGGGUUGAGUGAUGGAGGAGCAAGAAGGGAUGUUCUAUCGAAAUUAACCUCAAUCAUUUCCCUCAAUACAUCCACUACAACGUCUUCAUCAGCGGCGAACGAUGAGGAACAAGGCAGACAUAUUGGUUUAUUAGGUGAUGGUCUGGCAUGGGUUGGCCAGUAUGCCUACGACUUCUACACGGCUUACGUCGCAGCCAAACGUAGAAUAUCAAUCUCGCAUUCCGUUUCACAUAGGUUGAUCACCGUUUCCAGUGGGUAUGGAGUGGCGGCUGCGAUUGUAGGUCUGAUUGCUCUUCCCGGAGAGAAUGGAGGUACAAUCAGUAAAGAGUUGAAGAAGAUCGUCAAAGAUCAUGCGAUGUUUCUGAAGCUCGCCUUCUUCAUGAUCCUUGAACUCGGUGCAUUCCCCUUGGGUAUCGGUCUAAUGAUUGACGGAUGCACUGUACCACUCUGGCCUGGAGCUACCUUGCUAGGUAGGCUAGAGAAGUUGAGGGCUGGACCUUUCGGUGUUAUGUUCUUGGAUUGGCUUGUGGGGACAAUGUUCAUGUACCAAUUUGCCACUCUGCUGUCUCAUAUUCGGAAGCUCUGCAGACCAGGAACAUUGUUCUUCAUUCGUGACCCUGCAGACCCAAAUUAUUCACCUGUGAAGGAUAUAGUGGAGAAAAGUGCCUUCUCUCAACUCAGAAAGCUCGGCACUUCCGCUAUCAUGUACUCCGUCAUCGUUUUCACUCUAUUUGGUGGCUCCUGUUGGAGUCUGGCCUCUAUGCCUUACAUUAAGUUCUUGCCCUUGAGGCUAGAUCCCACAUUUGGCCCUCUCACGUCCAUACCAUUUGACUUACUCUUCCUCCACCUCGUCGUGCCGCCCACUGUGACGUACAUCCGACCUCGACAUCGAUUCCGUAAGAUCAUGACGCUAUGGUGGAAAUCGACCAUCAACUUAUUCCGAUUGAAUACUCUUAUGGCCAGACGAUCCACCACGACCGACCAUACCAAGCUAGACACAGGACCCAACAAGUUCGAAAAAGUUUGGCCAAUCUUGGAUACACUUUAUCAAGUCAUGUUUGGAAAAUACAAGAAUGAAUCCACAAAAGCGCGUGUACCGGCCUCUGAUCAAGUGAUACUCCUCCCUCCCGCCCAGAGAAAGGCAGAAGGAGGAGUGUUCAUAGCGCUCAAUGAAGAGGGUGUGCCGAACACUCCCGAAGAUAAGAUGAGAUUGCUGAAACAAGACAGAAGAGCUAGAGAAGCCGCUAGAGAUCCUCAUAGGGAUUACGAGGUGAUUCAUCUACCUAAAUAUUGGAGGACUAGAGUACACACCUUCAUCGGUACCACGUUACUUAUGGCUGCUACUGUGUUGGCUGUGGGUGCGUUCGGUCCAAUCGUCGUAGGUAGAUUGGCAAGUACUUUGGUUGGUAAUGGGAAAGGUAAAUUGGUGCAUGACGGGUACAAUUGGUUGUUUGGCGCCUAUAUCAUCUACCUAUCCCUCUCUCUCGGUCUAUUCGCCCGAAGACAUAUCGUAACAUUAUCCAAAGCAGGUAGACUCCGAAGAUCAGCUCGAUCUACCAGGAUCAAACGGACAUUGAUCCGAUAUCUAGCCGGGGCAUAUGGAUUGCUGACCAUCUAUGGUGUCAUACCCUUCGCUGUUGGGUUGCUGGGUGAUAUCUAUGGGAGUACCUUCUCUUGGACGAGGAAAGGCUCUGCGGGAGGUAGGAUAGUAGUUCAUUUCUGGGAUACUUGGGCACUUGGUACUGUCGUUUGCUCCUUGGGUGUUGGUUUAAUGAGUAAUGUGAAUCGGAUGAAACCCCCAAGGGGAUCGUUAUUGGACAAACUGAAGGAUCAAUUCCGAAACCCCUUCCCUGGCGAUCUGUCAACUACCCAUAAGAUCUUCUUACCUGUCAUUGGAAGUUUGCUCGUAAUCAUCUUAACUCCCUUUGUCGUUACCCUCAUUGUGGCAGGAGUGACUAAGGGUAAUUAUGGUGAUGAGGUUUAUCAAGCUAUACUCCAAGCCAUCAUCCCCCUAUUACUUCGCUUAUUCGCCGCUCUAGCUAUCCGAGAAUAUUUCACUUCAUAUUGGGGCAAAAUGCGACAGACCAUGAUUGACGCUGAGUAUGUCGUAGAAGAACGAGUGGAGAAUUAUGAUCCAAGUAAAGAAGAUGAGAAGAAGAAGAAGCGAAAGCAGAAGAAGACUGAUAAGAAGAAAGACAAUGAGGUCGAGGUGGACGAGGAAGCAGAAGACCAUGAUGAUGAGGAUGAUUGGGAGGAUGAAGAACAGGAAGAACGGGUUAGAGAUGAUGUGGCUGUUGUUGAGUAG